AUGGGAGCCAGCUGGACUCGGAGCUUUAGAAAGGAGUUUCAAGUAAAGAAGCUCAAUAUCUUUCCAUCCACACCUGAGCUCUUGCUCGAACCUCGGUGGCACAUCCCUCCAUGGGCCUGGCUCCUGUAUCGUCUCUCGUCUCUGAUCUACACCCUGGCCUGGUGCAUACACUCGGCCCUGCUGUUUGCCACGCCCAAAUGGCUGAUCCUGUUAAGUCACCUGACCUACUGCAUGCUGGGAGUAUACUACCUCACUGCACUGGUCAACCUCGCCGUGGUGCUGGUCUCCAUCAGACGCUUCUGCGGGAGGAAAGUCCAAGAGAAAAGCUCAGGUGUCAGUAGUGAGCGACGGGCAUCGUUUCCACUCACCACCCCUCUGGCUGUUUCACUCUGCCUGCAGUGGCUCCUCCAGGUCAUUGUGAGUGCCUUCUCCCUCAUCGUCUCCCUCCUCUACUGGUCCAUCCACUACCCCGUGUCCCGCCACCCCAUCAGGCCCUUCAGCAUCAACCUCCACGUGGUCAACAGUGCUCAGGUCCUCCUGGAUCUCUUCCUGUCCUCCACACCUGUGCACCUGUCUCACUACGUCUACCUCCUAGCAGCUGGGCUUCUCUACCUGCUGUUUGCUCUGGUGUUCUGGCUGGGUGGCUUUACCAACAUUUACGGGGAGCCGUAUGUGUACCCCGUGCUGGACUUCGGGGGGCAGCCGGUCCUUGCUGUCCUCUGCACGCUGGGCUUCGCUCUGAUCUGCCUGCCCCUGUUCCACUUGGUCCUGUGGAACGUGCACCUCCUGAGGGAGAGGCUGGCCCGGGGACCCUGGGGCAAGAGGUUUGCCCUAAGGAGAGAGGCCUGGUGGUGGGGUGGCGUGGGAGGUCUGGCCCCUUUUCCCUCGCCGGCUCUGGAUCCAGAGUUGUCGGUGUUUGCAGGCAGAGAAGGAGAGCCACAGCUGCUCCUCACUGCUCCGUCCCAUGGCUACUGCAGCCUGAGCACCGAGUCACCCUCUGAUUGUCACAGCUCUGCUUAA